AAUGCAUUGAAAUAAUUUUAAAUGGACAUACAAGCACUAUUCGUCUAAUCCUGGAGGCUGGAGAUUUCAUUUAAACGUUUUUAAUUUGUUUAGUGUUGUAUCUAUAUGUCAUAAAUCAUAAUAGCAUACCAGCUGUGUGGCUGCAUACGUCGUACAGACGCACAGUUCAACAGUUGUGUAAAAAAAUAAAUCCAUAAAAGAUCAAACAAGUUCGAAAGUGUGAUACAAAAUUUAAAUAAUUUAGAUUUAACGCCAUGACUGUUCUAGGUUGCCUACCAUGAUCCACAAAUCACAGUAUUGCAGUAGUACUACCGUCUACCUAUAUAGAUUAAAGAUUUACUUUAGUAAUUAGUAAAUCGAAAUCAUUCUUGUCGAGUGCAAUUCCUAUUUUUUAAAUUCUACCGACGGCAUUUGGCAGUCCGCACUCCUCAGUCGGCACUAGGCACUCGUCGGUGGUGUAGUACUUGCUAUUUAAAAUGAAGUAUUUUUUCUUUGUACUUUUACUACUUAUGUAUGUUAGUCACUGUUCAUCAGCUAAUAUAUUAGCAUUUUUGCCUACAUUUGCUAGAAGUCACUAUGGCGGAUUUCAACCAUUGUUGAAGGAACUUGCUGUAAGGGGUCAUAAUGUUACAGUCUUAUCGCAUUUUGCUCUUAAAAAUCCACCACCAAAUUAUCACCAUAUUGAUGUUUCAAAAGAAAGACAGAAUGACAAUAAUUUUAGCAUAUUAUCUAUUGCACCAUACUUAAAGCCAUUGGUUAUUCCUAUUGGCACUUUGUUUUUUGGGAGUCAAAUAACAUUAGAAACAUUGAAUAAUACAAAAGUUAAAGAAUUUAUUCAUUCAGAUGGCUAUCAGUUUGAUGUUGUAAUUUUUGAAAACUUCCAACAUGAAUGCUUUGUAUCAAUGAGCCAUAAAUUUAGUGCUCACGCUAUCCAAUUAUUCCCAGCUACACCAAUCGCUUUUACCUCACAAUGGUAUAGUCAACCUUUUAAUCCUUCUUACAUUCCAGAUCCUAAUUCUGGAUACAAAGAUCAAAUGUCCUUAUUUGAGCGAACUAUAAAUUUCCUUGUAACGUGUCUCCAAUUUUUUUUGUUUCCAAUAUUUUACAUGCCCAAACAAAAUGAAAUCAUGUUGAAUUAUUUUAAUUAUACUGGUUCAGAAUUUAGACCAUCGUUGGAAGAAAUGACGAAAAACAUUUCAUUAACACUAAUUAACACACACUUUACUUUAGGAACAGCCAGGCCUCUUGUUCCAAGUUUUAUAGAAGUUGCUGGAAUGCAUUUAAAGCCUGCUUCAAAAUUACCCAAAGACUUACAAGAGCUUAUGGACAACUCACCAGAUGGAGUUGUAUAUUUUAGUUUUGGGUCAGUUGUCAAAGGCAGUCAUUUGCCCAAGCACCAAGUAGAAAUGUUCUUGCGUCAACUAGGCCAAAUUAAGCAAAAGGUCUUAUGGAAAUGGGAAUCAGAUGAUUUACCAGAAUUGCCACCAAAUGUAGUAGUUAACAAAUGGUUCCCACAAGUCGACAUUCUUGGGCACCCUAAUUGUGUGCUUUUUAUUACUCAUGGAGGUAUACAUAGUAUAGAAGAGGCAGUGUACUAUGGAGUUCCGAUGUUGGCCAUAUCUAUUUUUGGAGAUCAACUGUAUAACUCGAUAAUGAUGGAAUCUAGAGGAGCUGCUAUACGCUUAAAAUAUUCAGAACUUAAUGAAAAUCGUUUUAGCGAUAAUUUACACGAUAUGCUUAGUAAUAUAUCGUACAAACAAAAUGCAAUAAAGUUAUCUAAAAUAUUUCAUGACCAACCAAUGAAACCAUUGGACAAAGCAGUUUACUGGAUUGAAUAUGUUAUACGCCAUAAUGGUGCACAUCAUCUGAAAACGGCUGGAAACCAACUUAAUUGGAUCCAGUAUUUAUCAAUUGAUGUAAUGCUUGUGCUCUUAUCAACUAUGUUUUUAAUUUUAAUUAUUUCAUUUUAUACCAUGAAAAAAAUGUACAAAUGGUUCAUUAGGUACCGUAAACACCAUACAGAAACUAAUGAUGAUAAAAAAGAGAAUUAA